AAAGAAGCCUGAUGAAGAGCAGUGCUGAGGAGGAAGCAAGGACAUUUUUCUGCUGUAACCAGAAAACCAGUGGGACUAUCCACUAGCUCCCAUUGGAUGAAGGUCUUAGUCUGCUCCUCAGUCUCAGGAUGACGGUUACUUAUUCCAGUAAAGUCGCCAACGCCACCUUCUUCGGUUUUCAUCAGCUGCUGCUGCGCUGGAAGGGGAGCAUCUACAAGCUGCUGUACCGAGAGUUCAUCCUGUUUGCUCUGCUGUACACCGUCCUCAGCGUCGUAUACAGGAUUGUCCUCUCUGAGGAUCAGAAGAGACUGUUUGAGAAACUUUCCAUGUACUGUGACAAAUAUGCCGAACAGAUCCCCGUCACCUUCGUCCUGGGUUUUUAUGUGACUCUGGUGGUGAAUCGGUGGUGGAAUCAGUUUGUUAACCUGCCCUGGCCGGACAAACUCAUGUUCCACAUCUCCAGCUGUGUUCAGGGUAAAGACGAAUAUGGCCGCCUGCUGCGCCGGACAUUGGUACGUUACGUUAACCUCACGUCGCUCCUCAUCUUCCGCUCCGUCAGCACGGCUGUCUGCAAAAGAUUCCCGACCAUGGAUCAUGUGGUCGAGGCAGGUUUCAUGACACCUGAGGAGAGGAAGGUGUUUGAGAACAUUCGUUCUCCUCACCUGAAGUACUGGAUCCCUGUUGUCUGGUUCUCCAACCUGGCGUCUAAAGCUCGGCAGGAAGGACGCAUCCAAGACAGCAUCGACCUGCAGAACAUUCUCAAUGAAAUGAAUCGCUUCAGGACCUGGUGUGCGACUCUUUUUGGCUACAACUGGGUCGGUGUCCCUUUGGUUUAUACGCAGGUCGUCACUCUUGCUGUCUACACCUUUUUCUUUGCUUGUCUAAUUGGUCGACAGUUUCUUGACCACACCCGUGGUUACCAAGGUCAUGACCUUGACCUGUACGUCCCCAUUUUCACCUUGCUGCAGUUCUUCUUCUACUGUGGCUGGCUUAAGGUAGCAGAGCAGCUGAUCAACCCGUUUGGCGAUGAUGAUGAUGACUUUGAGGCGAACUGGAUCAUCGACAGGAACCUUCAGGUGUCCCUCCUGGCAGUGGACGAGAUGCACAUGAACAUGCCUCACAUGACCAAAGACAUUUACUGGAAUGACUGCGAUGCACGGCCACCAUACACGCUGGCUGCUGCAGACUACUGCAUCCCCUCAUUUCUUGGUUCCACCACCGACAUGGGUCUCUCGGACAUCCUGCAGUUUGACGACACUGAUGUUAGCCACGACCAUCAGCGGCAGCAACAGGACUAUACUUUGCCGCGGCGCCAAGAGUCGGUUUUGGGUCGAGUCCGCCGUCUGCUUAGUGUUCAGGAACCUCCUGACCUCCGACCCCCUCGACCCAUCUUCAAACGACAUAGCAGUGAUGCAACUGGCAGUUUCUUCCCAGAUGUCAGGGUCAAUGCAGGACCAGAGAUCAAUGUUCCACCCUCCUCGCUGUUCAUGUCUCAGCCUUCCAUGGACACUUUGUCCACCUUAAGGGAGGUCAACAGCAACCCACCCUCACCGGAAAGCUCCAUUUCUGUUUUCCCCCAGCUUGUAAUCAGCCCUCCAUUAUGUGGUGAUGUUUGCCAAAAUGUGGAUUCGUAUACCAAACCUCAGAAUGGCCUGAAUCCUUCCCCCACUGAUGAAGCCCCAGGCUCGGAAACCCUAAGGACUGCGUCCUCUCUCUGUUGUUCCCCCACUCAACUUGGGCCCAAAGAAUUUCGGUGGACAACUGUCAAUGGCCAUAAUCGUCAGCCAACCAAACCACGGGGGCGUCAGUUCUCACUCCAGUUCUCCAGGCAGACUUCAAAGGCAUCGGUCCGCAGCCUGCCAAGUCCUAAAGGACUGGGGCGGCGGAGACAAGGACUGGCUCGAUUCCAGUCCAGGAGAUCCCCUGGUCCAACCUCAGACACUCUGCAGCUCCCUGACCCUGAUUACGACUUCCAGGGAAUAACAGGGACUCAGGAGGAUGAGAAGGAAGAAACCAACGACAAUGAAGAGGUCAAAAACACCAGCUCCCAAUCAGAGAAUUUCGAAAAGAAAUAAGAACCAGCCACAACUUCAGCUGUUCAGUCAGACCAAACAGAGUAACAGGAAUACCCACGUUGCCUAAGAGGAAGACUCUUUAAUGUUGUCAUUUUUAAGCAAAAAUACUUGGAAAACAGGAUGUACAUGGCCUCUUAAGGGAUGUCUUUAAGCUAGGUUUUUGGGUUUAUCAGUUGUUGCCACCAUCAACAAAUAAACCCCAAACAACUAUUCUUCAGUUCUAGCAUGAGCCCCCAUUUUAAUCCUGUGAUGUUUAAGUUAUUAUUAAAGAUAAAUACUCAUGACCCCACUGACAAUGUUUUUAUAAUAUUUAGUGUUUUUUAAGAAAUGUUCUCCCAAGUUUCCUCAUUCUAGCAAUCAAGUCAAUUAAUAAUUAAAUCAAUCAUUGUAGUAACACACAUCAAAAACAGUUUACUACCCCUGACCCCAAAAACAAAAAACAGAUCUUCUUAUACAGUUACUGAAAAAUAUUUUUAUCCAACAAUAUAUUUAUGCCCAAUCUUAAUUACUUGACUGAAAUACCUUGGACAUUGAACAAGUUUAAAACUGUAAAAAUUACCUUCAACUUGUACUAAAUGGUGAACUUCAAAUUUAAAAUGGGAAAUCAUGAAUCACUGUGAUGAGCCAGACUUUGGAGGGUUAAACACUGAAAUCCAUCACUUAGAUCAUUCAUUUUGCCAUCUCAAUUUAGGAACUUCAUCCAGUGCAACUGCUGAUUUAAGCUAAUUAUCUGCAUAUUCAUCUACAGUCCAAAUGCAUAUCUUUUUUUUCAUAAAGAUGCAUAA